AUGGAAGCGCCGGAAUACUUCGUCGGAGGAUAUUUUGCCGCAGGAGGAGCUGACCAAUUUUCGCAGCCGGAGAAGCGCCACACCGACCAGAAAACCGGGGAGCCUUUCGCCAUUGAUGACCUCCUCGACUUCUCCCACGCCGACGCCAUUAUGUCUGAUGGUUUCUUCGACAAUGUCGCCGGAAACUCCACCGACUCCUCCACCGUCACCGCUCUUGACAGCUGCAACUCCUCAAUUUCAGGCAGCGACAACCGUUUUCCCGCCGCCAUUGUCCCUCGCGGAUUCGCCGGGGAUCCUCAAUUCUCUGGAGAACUCUGCGUUCCGUAUGAUGACAUGGCGGAACUGGAAUGGCUCUCGAACUUCGUGGAGGACUCGUUCUCCGCCGAGGAGGAGUUGAAGACGCUACAGCUACUCUCCGGCGCCGCUGCGUCCACCGCCAUUGGCGUGAAACCGCAGACGCCGGAGUCUUCAUCCUCCACCGACACGCUUCCGCCGUUCGCUUCCGACGAUACCGCUCGAAACGCGCCGUUCCUCCACUCAGAGACGCCGCUCCCGGGGAAGGCGCGAAGCAAGCGCUCACGCGCGGCACCGGGGGACUGGUCCACGCGCCUGCUCCACCUUGUCGCUCCGGAGCAAGAGAAGCCGCCGCAGGCGAAGGCUUCGCCUGUGAAGAAGAGAGAGGGAACGAAUGCGGAGUGUUCCGGACGGAAAUGCCUGCACUGCGGCGCGGAGAAGACGCCGCAGUGGCGGACGGGACCCAUGGGACCGAAGACGCUAUGCAACGCGUGCGGCGUGAGGUUCAAGUCCGGGCGGCUGGUGCCAGAGUACCGUCCGGCGGCGAGCCCGACGUUCGUGUCGACGAAGCAUUCGAAUUCGCAUCGGAAAGUUUUGGAGCUGAGGCGGCAGAAGGAUCUUCAGCGACAGCAGCAUCAGCAAUUGAUGAGUCAGAGUUCAAUUUUCGGCGUAUCAAACGGCGGCGAUGAGUUCUUAAUCCACCAUCAUCAUCACCGUCACCAUUGUGGGCCAGAUUUUAGACACGUUAUUUAG